ACUCAGUGCCCUGUGCACUUGCAACCUAUCGCCUGGUCUUUCUUAUCUCUUUAAUACUUCAUUCACCAUUCAACGCACCUGUUAUUUCCUGCGACACAUCUUCUAGGACUGCACAUCAUGACCACCCACUCGAAUCCCUCCAACAAAGGCGUACCGGCAGACAAGCUAGUUGCUCUUCCUAGUCUCUCUUGCUCACUCUCCUCGCUUCCUCAAGCACGGAGUCUCGACAGUGUCUCACUACAUCCAAGCAUGUACGCGCAGCGGGCAGCUGAAAGCGAAGCUAAGCUAAAAAAGGUCUUGUCAAAAACUGCUGCAUCGUUUCCUCAGAACCCGCCACCUGUACCCGCUUACAUGAACCCACCCCGCCAUGACCCAAAUUCACCCAGUUCAUCGCCACCUCUGAUGAUGCGCAAAUCACAAAGACCAAAAUAUUAGGCCAAGGAGGCUUUCCUAGAUUUAUUUCGUUUCGCCUGGGACUCGGUAGACAUGGCACGGCCGACUCGACGCGGCAUUCACAAAAACACUUGUCACGACAAUUCGCUUUCUCUUUGCCUCAUCAUCAUAUCGCAUCUAUAGACACACUGCAUACCUCUAGUACCGUUGACCAUCAGACUAUGACACUAUUCCUUUUAUUUCGCGUUGGGUUUUACUUGCUCUCUUGUCUCUUUCUUCUUUUGAUUUCUUUCGUUUUCGUUUUGUCAUCUUUGCAGAGCCUAGUGCUCUUCAGCCUCGGAAUAUAUACCGGUAACAAGUAAUCUGUAGCACAGGAUAGUAUUUCUUGGCUGCACGUCGUACUGUUAUAAUCUCAUGGGUUCGUGAUAGUAAAAUGAGCUGUGACUG